AUGCCUUCCUGGCUAAGAAGAGCCUGGAGAAGAGUCAGUUGUUGUUCUUCGGGUUCGACCCGAGUUAUAGAGUUCAGGAGACCAGACUCCGUAACCGAGAACAAUGAAAAACUGACACAAAAACCUGUAGUUGAUCCUUUGCCAGAAGUCGUCCCAGGUCUAGUACCAUCCCCAGAACCUAGGACCCAGCAAAGUGAGACCCCAGAAGGUGAGGCUAUCCCUCCACCGCCUCCCUCUAGAACACCUGAAACACCGGGAAAUGCGUUCCCUACACAAACCAUAGACACCACCAGCGAGACUGUAGCGAGCGCAAAUCUGCCCAGAGAGACCGAGGAAGAAGUUUCCUGUGGAUCAAAUGGCAGUCCCGAUGAAGUAGUCACCGUGUCUGUGUCCUUUAAAGAGACCAAUGCAGAUGACGCUGGAUCUUACAUUGGACUAGAGGACACUUUUAUGGCUGACGGGAUGAGCGAGAUAACUACAGCUUUUCACGGUACCUCAGAUAUGUCACUGCCCACAUUCAUUGGGCAGGAAGACAUGAAGCAAAUGGUGGAGGUACAGGUGCCAGCCGUUCACCAGACCACCUCAGGAGCCUGCACAGAGAGCAAAUACAGCUGCUCACUUCAAGACACUCCUGAGAAACCACAGAAAUUAACCGUGAUCUUUGUGUCACCUUACACCCCUGAGGAAGAUGACACAUUGCCGGCUGCUGUAUCUAAUGAAACACCAGGUCCCGUCAAAGUAGAUGUGUCUGGUUCUCCAUCUGAAGUCUCACUUUCAUGUGCCACUCACAGUGGACCUGGGUGCAUGAGACAAAACAGCGGCGCCAGCGACGCCAUCAUCCGUGAGGACCCGGCAGCCUACAGCUCUCCUAGCGACGUCUCUGUCCUGUCAUACAUCAGCGAUACACCUAAGGUCCGUGCGCACAUCAGCUCAAGUGCUACCUCCGUCUUAGAGGUAUGGGGCGAGGAGAAAGAGGCACCACCUCCCAGUUCAGCUGAACCUGGAUCCAGCAUGGAUAAACACGGAGUGAUUUUCGACGAAAUCAUUCCCUUCCGCUGCCCAUCUGACGACUCUCUUGGACCAAAUGCCGACAACGCACCUGCAGUAGGGCAGGGAAUUGACUCAACUGGGAGCACUGUCUUUAAAGACGAAGUCAUUCUUGACAAGGUUGUUCCCUUCCGCUGCCCAUCUGACGACUCUCUUGGACCAAAUGCCGACAACGCACCUGCAGCAGGACAGGAAAUUGACUCAAUUGGGAACAAUCUCUUUGAAGGAAUCAGAAGCGAGCAUCAGAAUAAGAAAGAAGUCGCACUCCGAACACCGAUUGCAUCAAAGUCGCCCGAUUCAGCUAAACAUAGACCCAGCAUGUAUAAAUAUGACGAAGUCAUUCUUGACAAGGUUGUUCCCUUCCGCUGUCCAUCUGACGACUCUCUUGGACCAAAUGUCGACAAGGCACCUGCAGCAGGGCAGGGAAUUGACUCACGUGGGAACAAUCUCUUUGAAGGAAUCAGAAGCGAGCAUCAGAAUAAGAAAGAAGUCGCUCUCCGAACACCGAUUGCAUCCAAAUCGCCUGAUUCAGCUAAACCUGGACCCAGCAUAUAUAAAUAUGACAAAAUCACUAUUAACAAAUUUGUUCCCUUCUGCUGCCCAUCUGACGACUCUCUUGGACCAAAUACCGGCAACGCACCUAAGGCAGAACAGGAAAUUGACUCAAGUGGGAACACUAUCUUUGAAGACAAAGUCCCUGUAGACAAAAUUGUUCCCUUCAGCUGCCCAUCGAACGACUCUCUCAGGCCAAAUACCGACAACGGACCUGCAGCAGGGAAGGGAAUUGACUCAAUUUGGAAUACUAUCUUUGAAGGAAACAGAAGUGAGCAUCAGAAUAAGAAAGCGGUCGUGCUUGGAACACCGAUUGUAUCAAAGCCGUCUGGCUUAGCUGAACUUAGAUCUAACAUAGAUAAAAUUGACGAAGUCAUUAUAAACAAAGAUGGUCCCUUCAAAUAUCCAUUUAAUGAUUCUCCUGGACCAAAUACCGACAACGCACGUAAGGCAGAACAGGAAAUCGACUCAAGUGGGAUCACUAUCUUUGAAGACGAUGCCAUAUUUGACAAAAUUGUCCCCUUCCGCUGCCAAUCUAACGACUCUCUUGGACCAAAAACCGACAACGCACCUAAAGUAGGACAGGAAAUUGGCUUAUUUGGGGACAAUAUCUUCGAAGGAAUCAGAAGCGAGCAUCAGAAUAAGAAAGAGGUCGCACUCGGAACACCGAUUGUAUCAAAGUCGUCUGGUUCACCUAAACCUAGAUCCAACAUGAAUAAAUAUGGCGAAGUCAAUAUUGACAAUAUCGUUCCCUUCAUACAUCCAUUUAAUGAUUCUCCUGGACCUAAUACCGACAACGCCGCUAAAGCAGCACAGGGAAUUGAUAUGAAAGUCACUGUUGACAAAAUUGUUCCCUUCCAUUGCCCGUCUGACGACUCUCUUGGACCAAAUACCAACAACCCACCUAAAGCAGGACAGGAAGUUGGAUUAUUUGGGGACACUCUCUUUGAAGGAAUCAGAAGCAAGCAUCAGAAUAAGAAAGAGGUCGUGCUCGGAACACCGAUUGCAACAACGUCGCCUGAUUUAGCUGAACUUAGAUCCAACAUGGAUAAAAAUGACGAAGUCAAUAUUGGCAAGGAUGUUCCCUUCAAAUACCGGUAUCCAUUUAAUGAUUCUCCUGGACCAAAUGCCGACAACGCACCUAAGGCAGAACAGGAAAUUGACUCAAGUGGGAACACUGUCUUUGAAAACGAAGUCACAUUUGAAAAAAUUGUUCCCUUCCGCUGUCCAUCUGACGACUCCCUUGGACCAAAUACUGACAACGCACCUAAGUCAGGACAGUUAAUUGACCCAAGUGGGAACACUGUCUUUGAAAACGAAGUCACAUUUGACAAAAUUGUUCCCUUCCGCUGCCCAUCUGACGACUCCCUUGGACCAAAUACCAACAACACACCUAAAGCAGGGCAGGAAAUUGACUCAAGAGGGAACACUGUCAUUGAAGAAAUCAAAAACGAGCAUCACGGAACACCAAUUGCAUCAAUUGCAUCAAAGUCGCCUGCUCCAGUUGAGGCUGAGGCAGAGGAAUCCAACAGCGACAAAACUGAUAUCAGCAUCAAAGAGGUCCUUGUUGCCUUCCACUGUCCAUCUGAAGACUCUCCUGUGUCAGAUAUCAACAAGGCACCAAAACUAAGACCCGAUAUCAGCAGCAGUGACACCUCUAUUGUAGAGGUAAUCGGGGAAGUGGACACACACGUACAUCAGGCCAAUGAAACAAGAGUCGUGUCCAUAAUAGUACCUACUGUGCAACAGUCGCCUGAUUCACUUGAAGCUGAACAAGGAUCCGACAGCGACAAAAGUGAAUUAAGUAUCCCCGAGGAUCUUGAUUCCUUCAGCUGUUCAUCUGAUUCUCGUGGGUCGGAUACCAAUAAAGCACCAGCAGCAAUACCCGACAUAAGCCCAAGUGAUACCUCUAUUCCAGAGGAAAUAGGGGAAAUACAGGUGGACCAGAACAAAGCACCAAAUAUAAGACCCGAUAUUAUCACAAGUGCCACCUCUAUCCCAGAGGAUAUAGGGGAAGUACAUGAACAUCGGUACGUGGAUACGGGCGGUGGAUCCAGGGUAAAACCCGCCGCAUCCAUGUUUUCAGAUUCAGUUGCAGCCAAGGGUGGAGAUUCUAGCGACAGAAGUGAUUCAACCAUCCCUGAAGACCUUGCUGCGUUCAGCUGCUUGUCUGAGAUUUCUGUUUUAUCCAGCAGCAAAAAGACCUCAGUAACAAGACCAGACAUCAGCACUAGUGAAUCCUCCAUCUCAGAGGAAAUAUGUGGAUCCUGUGAAAACGUCCAACAUGAUACGAAGACUGAGGUCGAGUCGCCUUUAACACCAGAUGACUCGCACUUGCUUAAUACUGUGAAAGCGGUGCCAGGGUCUGACAGCGACCUUAGUAUUAUUGAAGACAUCGCUCCAUACAGUUGUUUUUCUGAGACGUUCCUCUCGACUGGAAUCAGACCAGUUACUGAAACAUCGAUUUUAGAGGAAAUACACUCCAGCGUCUCAUCGGAAUCUAACCAGAUUGAAACUGUUCACCAAGAAGAGAACAGCUUCCAAAAUGGCCGUGAUAGAGCCACCAGCGUCAUAUCCCAACCUGAGGAAGAAAUCACCGUCGGAAACACAGCUUCCAGGGAAAACAGCAGCCCAAAAUCUGUCUGUGGAACAAACUCUGAUUCAAGUGUUUCUGAAAUAGCUUUAUCGCCACCUUGUUCACAAUCAAUACUUAACCGUGGGGUUGUCCAAUAUGAACAUUUCAGAUCGGGGGCCACCGCCCAGACUCCACCCACAUUGGGCAACGCUCAUUAUAGUCAAGAUUCAGGCAUUGGGAGCAACCCUGCCUCGGCCCGCCGCACUGGCAAAGCCUCAAGUGGCUUCGUUUUACCUCGUGCGUACAAAACUACACAGCGUCUUCAGCAACGCCUUACAGCCAGUAACAACCACGUGACAGUCAAACCUCGAGCUGUCACACCAGCCCCUAAUGGUGUAGAAAAUAGGACAUCUAGACGGACAAAUGAGGGAAAGGGCAAUAAAACAAGGAAGGUGGCCAAAGGUUCUCGGCCUACCGCCGCACAUCAUCGUCGCCGCCGUAAGAAACCAGCAACACCUGUACAAACCACAGCUAAGCGUGCUCGAGAAGCCUGGGGUGAAGAGGGCUAUUUAUCUGAUUUCGAGGACUGA